AUGUCCUUCAUCAUUCCUGUGAGAAACACCCCUAUCUUGAAUCAACUUCUUCUCUCAUCUUGGCUUCCAUUUGAAUUUCAGUCUUCUCAUUCUUUGACUCAAUUUUGGCCUUUCCUUUGUCAGUAUUCUGGUUUGCUUUGA